AUGUCUGGUUGUUUGGACCAAUUCAGUUGUGACAUUAAUUGGGAUUUGAAGCGAAAUGCUAUCGCAUCUUGUAUUUCAUCUGCAUUGUUUUUUAUGGGAUGGUGGUUGAUGAUUGAUACAGCAGCAAUUUAUACACCUGUUGGUCAGUGGAAUAAUGUUUACAUCGUAGUUACUGUGUGUGGAACCAUCGCAAUGUUCAUGGUGAACGCUGUUUCAAAUAGUCAAAUUCGUGGUGAGUCUUUCAACGAAAGUAUAUUAGGUACUAAAGGAUCUCGAUUAUGGCUGAUGCUUGGUUUCGUCUUCUCAUUUGCAUCUCUGGUUGCAGCCCUGUGGAUAAUGUUUGCAGACUAUGUCCUGGUCACCGGUGACCAUCCAACAUGGCCAGGCGUUGCCCUGUUUUUCCAUAAUUUCUUGAUAUUUAUGGCGUCACUGAUCUACAAAUUUGGUAGAACUGAGGAACUUUGGGGUUGA